AUGCGGAGCCCCUCCUUUCUCUCGCGGCCGCUGCCCUCGCUGUUGCUAUUGCUGCUGCUGUCCCCGUCGCUCACCCGGGCCCAGGUGCUCCUCGCGGCCACCCCCUUGGGGCCCAGCGGCUCCCCGGCCUGCCCUGAGGAGUGUGCGUGCGCGCCAGGCGGCCAGGCCAACUGCUCCGCGCGCGCGCUGCCCGCCGUGCCCGCGGGCCUGAGCCGGCGCGUGCGCGCGCUGCUGUUGGACCACAACUGCGUGCGCUCUCUGCCGCCCGGCGCCUUCGCUGGCGCGGGCGCGCUACUGCGCCUGGACCUACGCGAAAACGGGCUGCACACGGUGCACGCUCGCGCCUUCUGGGGCCUGGGCGCGCUGCAGCGGCUCGACCUGGGCUCCAACCAGCUGGAGACGCUGGCGCCCGGAACCUUCGCGCCCCUGCGCGCGCUGCGCGUCCUCUCGCUGGCCGGCAACCGCCUGGCGCGCCUGGAGCCCGCGGCGUUGGGCACGCUCCCGCUGCUGCGCGGGCUGAACCUGCAGGACAACGCGCUGGCGGCGCUCGGGCCCGGCCUGCUGGCCGCCCUACCCGCCCUUGACUCACUCCGUCUGCGCGGCAACCCCUGGGCCUGCAGUUGCGCGCUGCGCCCGCUGUGCGGUUGGCUGCGCCGGCACCCGCGUCCCCCAGAGACCGAGACCCUGUUCUGCGUGUUCCCGGGGCGCUUGACGCUCAGCCCUCUGACCGCCUUCACCGACGCCGCCUUCAGCCACUGCGCACAGCCACUGACCCUGAGGGACCUGGCUGUGAUCUACGUGCUGGGACCCUUCUCCUUCCUCAGCAGCCUGGCCGCCUGCCUGGCGCUGGGCUCCGUGCUCACUGCUUGCCGCGCCCGCCGCCGCGCCGCCGUCCGCCGCCCGCCCAGGAGACCACUGCUGCACCCCACGCCCGCCGCCCCGCCCGCGGACCCUGGGAGCUCCGCCGCCGCCCAAGCCUGA